CUCCUAAAAUAAGAUUAGAUAAAAGCCUAGGCAGUAUGGUCAUAAGAUUAUAGCCUCUCUUUUGCACGAAUAGUGCAUAAAAAAUAUGACUUGACAAAUUGUCAAACAAUCGAAGUCGAAGAAAUUUGAUUUGACGAAAGUUACACAUUUUUGUUGAUUUGCGGGAGCAAAUUGUGUAAAGGAUUUGUUUUAAUCUCCGUAUAAAUAUGCCUUUCAAACAGCGAAAAAUUGCUAUGAUGGGAUACCGAUCAGUAGGUAAAUCAUCCCUCAUCAUACAAUUCGUAGAAGGACAAUUUGUGGACUCGUACGACCCUACGAUAGAAAACACUUUCACAAAGUACAUUCGCUUGAACUCAACUGAAUAUGAAGUAAAGCUUGUGGACACAGCAGGACAGGAUGAAUAUAGUAUAUUUCCAUUACAAUACAGCAUGGAUUUUCAUGGCUAUGUUUUAGUUUAUUCUAUCACUUCAAGCAAGAGUUUUCAAAUAGUACAAAUUAUUUAUGACAAACUUUUAGAUAUGGUGGGCAAAAUACAUGUCCCUAUAGUUUUAGUUGGUAACAAAACAGAUCUUCACUUGGAAAGGAAAAUAAGCACUGAAGAAGGUAAAAGGCUAGCUGAGAAAUGGAAGGCUGCAUUUGUAGAAACUAGUGCAAAAAGAAAUGAGUCUGUAACUGACAUGUUUCAUGCUAUACUGUCAGAAAUAGAGAGAUCAGAUGGACAUAUACCAGACAAAAAUGGAUGUGUUGUUUCCUAAUCCAAAAGUUUAUUUAAUGAACAAAGUGCUUUUUACUUAAGCUAAAGUGAUUUAGAUCUAGUGUUUGUAUGUGCACAGCUAUUAUCUAGCAAUUAGUUUGGGGAACAAGACACCUUAUCACUGACAUUGUCAUAGCCAAAGUUUAGUUACAAUUUGUUACUGUAUACUUACUAUUAAUAAGUUACAAGCAUAAUUGUGAUGGUUGCUUUUCUGAUGAUUUUACAGUUUGCUUUAAAUCUUCAAUAGUAAUCUCUUUUGAUGAAUAUUACUAAGUUUGCAUGGGACAAAUGAUCAAAACAUAAAAGUGGUAACUUCUUUUUUCACAUUUGUACUCAGCCUAAUUUUACUGACAGUGUUCCGUAUAUGCUCAUGAGCUAAUAUGAAUUAUUAAAUAUUCCAACAUUGAUUAUAUGCUUGUCUAAAUUACAUGUUGGCUGCAGCGACAGGCCCACAAAUAUGUAGUUGAAUCACAAAGCCGCUAUAAGCUCAGAUAAAUUUACAAUAUAUGCUGCAUUAUACUAUAUUGUUUUAUAGGAUUACAUAAAUGUAAAACCUAAAUCACUUUCUACCAAUAAGUAUUGUUGUUUAACUACCAUUCUAAUUAUAAGUAAAUAUGUUCAUUUGUUUUCAUGUAUUUGGCGUAGCUUGAAUUUCCCGGCGUUAUCUGUUUAUAACCGGGGUAAUUCGCUGGAAUAACGGGAGACUGUACAUUUAUUUUACUGUUCAGCAAACAUGACGUAUCAAUAUACGUUGUUAUAGAAUUAAAAUGAUUCCAUAGUAAAUGUGAAUUGAAAAUACGAUAGUAAUCUCUAAAGCAAAUAGUUAUUUCCCUAUGUCAUAACAAAAUAUUACAAAUCAUAUUCGUGUAGUCUACGUUAGCAAAAUUUCGAGCACAACUACCGCGCUCAGGUCUUGGGUUCUAAUCCCGGGUCGCGGCAAAAUAAUUAUGACUGGGUAUUUCCAUCUUAAAAAUUUAUCAGUCGCAGCAUAAAGUCAGGAAGUUGGCGGUGUGAUACCCCUGUGGCACGGAGAGCUCGUAAAGCCGUUGGUGCUGCGCCUGAUCUCUCUCCGGUCUUGUCGGAUUGCUGUCUCACUGGACUAUGAGAGUGAUGGAACAAAAAGUGCAUCUUUGUAGUGCGCACACACUUAUGCACUAUAAUAUGUCUGGGUGUACUUGGCUGAUCUCCGUUGAGAUUCGCCGCCGUGGCCGAAAUUCUGUUGGGAGGGUAUCAAUAUUAAGGGUUCAGGUGUCGGACUCCGUGGUAGUAAGUUGCUAAAGAGAUUGUAUACAGCAAACAAGAUCAUUGCCUUUUUAUUGUACAUGCUUAUUCUUAAUAUUAAAUCAUUGUCUUAAUUAAGUACCCUUUCGUACAUUUUUUGAAUAACAAUCUAGAGCGUGCAUCUAUAAAUCUGCACACAUGUAUAGUAUGAUAGCAAGUAAUAACACGUGUUCACUCAUAAUAUAUGGCAAGCAUAUAAUCAAUGUUGCAUGCAUGCAUGCUUGUUGGGCAAUUUGUUAGUAGGUAAUUAUAUAGUUUAUUUACCAUUUACAUUUAUGAAAUCACUCAAUUGUUUAAGAUAUAGAUUUUGAUGUUUCCAACUGCAAUUACCACUCUGUGAAAUGCCUCAAAUUUGUUGCAAAAACUUUAUCAUUAAUCACAAUAUAAUAAUAAUACGUCGUGGUGCUUCCGAUCUACCAUUUCUACCAUUAUAUAUUCAAAGAAAUCGGAAUUGUUACAUGAAUUAAAAUGGUUUGUUCAUACUUCGUAAAAUCACCAAGAAAGCAAAAAUGAGAUUUUUAAAAAAAUAUGAUUUUAACCUUUAUGUGUUUAUAAACUUAUUAAUUAUAAGAUAUGAUAUUCUAAUGUAUCA